AUGCGGAUGCGUGUACGAGGGCCCGAGGGCCAGUCAAUAGUGACUCUCCUGGAUGACGCCACUGUCAAUGACCUUCGGACGCAAAUUGCAAAGAACACUGGCCUGGCUUCCUUCGAGGUGAAAUAUGGAUACCCAAACCUCAAACCCCUGGAACUCGACCAGUUUCAAUCCGAUCACAAAAUUACGGAUAUCGGGGUCAAUCUGAACGGAGAACAGCUGAUUGUCGCUCAACGAGAGGGAGCUGCCCGACCUAGUGAUCCGCCAUCCCUCAAUCAGCCGAGCCCUGCUAUCCCACGGCUGUCGCAACAAUCGUCUUCAAUGUCGCAAAGGCCAGUAUCAACUGCUGAUGAUCCCCCUGAGAUUGCUUCACCCGAACAUGCCGGCACUUUUGUGCUCCGGGUCAUGCCCGAUGACAACUCGUGUCUCUUCCGAGCAGUAGGCGCGGCGGUGAUGGGUGAUAUGGAUACUAUGGUCGAGCUGCGGUCGAUCAUCGCGGGAUCUAUUCAAUCGAAUCCCUCAGAAUACUCAGCAGCCAUCCUGGGCAAGAAACCGGAUGAGUAUUGUCAGUGGAUUCAAAAUGAUGACUCGUGGGGCGGCGCGAUCGAGCUCAAGAUUUUAAGCGAGUAUUUCAACAUCGAAAUCUGUUCCAUCGAUGUAAAAACCUUACAUAUGUUCCAAUUCAAUGAAGGCGCCCCGACUCGUUGCAUUGUGGUCUACUCGGGUAUUCACUACGACGUCCUAGCACUCUCGCCCUCCGACCCACCAUAUACUCGUGCCAAUCCUUUGGCAGACGGCGACACCAAGAUCUUUGACGCGAUUGACCCAGUCGUAUUGGAGAAGGCGAAAGAAUUAUGUCGGGUUCUGCAAGGCAAGCAUUAUUAUACUGAUACCGCUGGGUUUUCCGUCCGUUGCAACACGUGUGGAGGCACCUUCACUGGAGAGAAAGGAGCAACCAAGCAUGCCUCAGAGACGGGCCACUAUGACUUUGGGGAAGCUGGUUAA